CCUGAGUGCUGCCUCCACUGCCAGGGGCACAGGGGUUUUAUUUAAGCUCAGCCCCAGUCAGGAACUGCUGUGGGGUGUUGGUUGCCAGUUUUGCCCUUUGUUCUUCCUCCUGUGGAUUUGGUGGCUGUCUCCUCCAUGGGGUUCUCCAGGGUGCAUUGUCCAUUUCCAGCUGCUCUUGAGAGGAUCCCUGGCUGGACCCUGGGCUUGCUUUGCUGCCUGGAGCUGUUGCUGCUGCCAGCAUCCCCAGAAGCUGCCUGAUCUGUGUCCUGCCUCCGCUGCGUUGCCCUCAGCUCCUCGAAAUUUGGGAGAUUUUGUCCUCAAGCGCUCGGCAAAGUGCCUGUGACAACCAUUGGGAUACUCACAGAAUCCCUUGGGAGCUGAAGAGGCAGCAUCUUCUGGGCUCAGAGGCAUCAUAUCUGAGAUCACCUCGAUUUUCUGGAGUCAGUUUGAUUCAUCAAGCAGCUGGUUUGUUACUGAAAAGCUCAGAAUAUUUCCUGUGAUUGCCUUCCUAUUUGGAUCCGUCCAGAGGUUGGAACGCUUAAACACCCACCAUGGAUGACUUUGAACGCCGCAGAGAGCUCAGGAGGCAAAAGCGUGAGGAAAUGCGCCUGGAAGCAGAGAGGCUGUCCUACCAGAGGAACGAUGAUGACGACGAAGAAGCCGCCAGAGAACGUCGCCGGCGGGCUCGGCAGGAGAGGCUGAGGCAAAAGGAAGAAGGAGAUCUCUCAGGAGAAGUAACAGAGAAAUCCGAGGUUAAUGCCCAAAACAGUGUGGCAGGAGAGGGGAGCAAGCGUUCUUCAGACGAUGAAGCGGCGUUGUUGGAGAGGCUGGCGAGACGGGAGGAGAGACGCCAGAAACGUCUGCAGGAAGCCCUGGAACGUCAGAAGGAAUUUGACCCCACGAUCACAGAUGGGAGCUUGUCACAGCCCAGCAGGAGAGAAGUCAACAAUGUGGAAGAGAAUGAGACCACGGGGAAAGAGGAAAAGGGUGAAACACGCCGAGGACGCUACGAGGCUGAGGAGACAGAAACAGUCACCAAAUCGUACGAGAGGAACAACUGGAGGCAAGAUGGGGAAGAAGAGGAAAAAAAAGAAGAAAAAGACAAGGAGGAGGUACAGGAGGAGAAACCUAAGGAGCUCCCCGUAGAGGAAAAUCAGGUAGAUGUGACAGCAGAAAAAUCCACAGAUAAAGAGGAGGCAGUAACUGUGAACGCAGAGGAGCACAAAGCAGAGAAUGAUACAAAUGCUGUGCCAGAAGGGACCCAAAGUGCAACAGAUGCUGUAGAUAAAGAGAAGCUUAGGGAUGAGGAAAAGGCUGAGGAAGAAAGGAAGGAAGCAGAAGAAAGGGAGAGGUUAAAAGCAGAGGAAGAAAAGAGGGCAGCUGAGGAAAAACAGAAAGCAGAGGAAGAAAAGAGGGCAGCCGAGGAGAGGGCAAAGGCAGAAGAGGAGAGGAGGGCAGCUGAGGAAAGAGAGAGGGCUAAAGCAGAAGAGGAGAGGAAGGCAGCUGAAGAAAGAGAGAGGGCUAAAGCAGAAGAGGAGAGGAGGGCAGCUGAGGAAAAACAGAAAGCAGAGGAGGAAAAGAGGGCAGCCGAGGAGAGGGCAAAGGCAGAAGAGGAAAAGAGGGCAGCUGAGGAAAAGGCUAAACUAGAAGCAGAGAAAUUAAAGGAGAAACAAAAGAUGGAAGAACAGAAAAUAGAAGAUAAACAGGUAAAAGAGAAGAAAGUAGAAGAUGAAAAACCUCAAGCAGCUUUCUUAAAAAAACAGGAGGAAGAAAAAGUGGAAGCUAAAAAGGAAAAGCUGCCCGAAGAGAAGCUCCAAGCUACCUCCAUAAAAGAUCAGGUAAAAGAUGACAAAGGCAAAGCACCCAAAGAGGAAAUGAAAAGCGUCUGGGAUCGCAAGAAGGGCGUUCCUGAGCAGAAGGCACAGAACGGGGAGCGUGAACCCCCCGCCUCCAAACUGAAACCGACGGAGAAUGCUUUUGGCCGCUCCAGCUUGAAAGGGACCGCGAACGCGGAGGAGGCGAAGCCGGGGGUCGAGGCUCUGAAGAGGCUGGAGGAUCAGCGGCGCCGCCGGGGCGAGAACGAGAGCGAGGAGCUGGAGAAGCUGAAGGAGAAGCAGCAGGAGGCGGCAGCAGAGCUGGACGAGCUGAAGAAAAGGCGGGAGGAGCGCCGGAAAAUCCUGGAGGAAGAGGAGCAGAAGAAGAAGCAGGAGGAGGCUGAGAGAAAAAUCAGAGAGGAGGAGGAAAAGAGGAGAAUGAAGGAGGAAAUUGAAAGAAGAAGGGCUGAAGCUGCUGAGAAACGCCAGAAGAUGCCAGAAGAUGGUGUAUCUGAAGACAAGAAGCCAUUUAAAUGUUUCAGUCCUAAAGGUUCAUCUCUCAAGAUAGAGGAGCGAACAGAAUUUUUGAACAAAUCCGCUCAAAAGAGUGGUAUGAAGCCCACCCAGACUACAGCAGUUGUCUCAAAGAUUGACAGUAGACUCGAGCAAUACACAAGUGCAAUUGAGGGCACAAAGGCUUCGAGACCAGCCAAAGCUUCUGACCUUCACGUUCCAGCCGAGGGCGUCCGUAACAUCAAGAGCAUGUGGGAGAAAGGGAACGUGUUUUCAUCACCUUCUGGGACAGGAACACCAAAUAAGGAAACUGCUGGACUGAAGGUUGGUGUCUCCAGUCGUAUCAACGAGUGGUUGACCAAGACCCCAGAGAGCAACAAAUCCCCUGCUCCAAAACCUUCUAUUGUUCUUUCUUCUUUCAAUGUCUCUGCUUGAAGGAACGCGCCCUCCUCCUAUUCUUCUUCUUUGGGGGUCUGUUUGCUAAGUUGGUCAGGUAAACCUGUUUAUAAUUGACUAUGAAGGUUUAUAUACAUCUAUAAUGUGUGAUUUUGACUUUUGUUUAGUCAGGAUUAAUCAAAGGGAAGCCUAGAAUUUCUCAUUUAGCAAAUAACUUCUUACCCCCAUCACAUUCCGCCAAAGAAAUGUUCAGAGUUUUUGUGACCAUCAAGAUUCUUGAAUUCAAGGCAGAGCAAAUAUUUCAAUUUUACAGUGGACCGAAAUCACAGAUCCCAGAUGAUUUCAGGACUAUGGAAAUGGCUUUGUGGUGAUGCCCACUGCAGGUGGCUUUGUGAUAAGGUCACAGUUGGUUCUUUCUUCCUUCCUCUGGUGCUACUGCGCUCCCUUUUUAAAGUGCAGGAUUGGCUUCAAGUUUUACUCAUCAGCAACCCUGUGUGGCUGCAAAUCAUGACCAGCUCCUGAGGAUCUCUGCUGGGUGCAAAUACCCCUUGUAGGCAUCUCGUUUCCAUUCAUCACUGAGCGUUUUGCAGGUAGAAAUUCCCACGUGCAGAAAACCUACCUCGCUACGUACAGAAUCCUGGAAGCCACGCAGGACUUGAACACUCCUGGAAAGGAGAGUGCUUAUGCCCAAAACUGAGACUCUUGUUUGCCACGCACAGGGGUAGAUAUCAAUCCAUCUGCGCAGCAGAUGUCAUUUUCAUUUGCACCCCUCCUUUUCCCCAAGAAGAGAUAAUUGACAUUUUUAUGGAGUUUUGAUUAAAGACUCCACAAUACACUCAUUUUCUGAGAGUACUACUAGCCUUUAAUGACUUUGUCUCAUCUGUUUUGGGAUUUUUCUGUCAGGCUAGUGAUUGGCACAUCCUAAGGUUGCAAAGGAUGCAGUGGAAAUUAAAAUGGAUGUGAAGGACUACAGUGAUAAGUGCUGAAAUCUGUAUUUACGGAUGUAGAGUAGGGUCUGCUUUUCUGUUGUAUUAAAAGUCCAACUCUAUUUUUUACACAUUUUUUUAAAAUGAAAUACUUUGAUCUAAAACAACCAAGACAACCUACUUUUGAAUUCUCCUGUAGCAGAAAUACUGCCCCGGAAAAAAAUGUGGUUUUCUUCUGCAAAAGAUUGGAAUUUUUUUUUUUUUUUUUAAAUCUGAUGGUGCAAUAACUCUUCACUACACUCCCUAGGUUUAUUAUACUGAAUUAAGACCAGUCUGUGCCAUAUGAAAUAGAUGCAACAGGAUUCUUUUUCUGUCUUAAAACAUGGAUAUGUAUGGAGUUAUUUUGUGAAAUUCUUUACAACUGAUAGACAAUAUAACAUUUACCUCUGGUGGAUGUUCCUCACCUUCUCUUGUGAGGAAGCUGCAUUCUGACCUUUUCUUUAACAAUGGAAAUAAACAUGAACUAAUGUUGGUUUCUGU